ACAAGGAGAGGAGUCUCCGUAAUCCUCCGACGGAACCCUCUCCAUCACCAUGGAUAAUGCAUUCAAGGUGAUUCAAACCCUUAAUUUCUACCUUUCAGAACACCCUUCUAUAGUUGGAUUUCGAUGGAGUCACACUCAAUCUUGGGGUUCAACAUGGUCUUUUAUCUUUAUGUCCAUAGCAAUUUACAUUGUAACCUCUCUUUUACUCCACCUUUUAUUAUCUAUCUUUCUUUGCCAUACCAAACAUAUUCCUCUUGGCCCUUUACCUGCACUUCAUUCUCUCACCGUGUCCAUCGUAUCCACCAUCAUAUUCCUUGGAAUAUUACUCUCCACCGUCUCUGAAAUCAAAGAAACACGAUGGUUUUGGCGUCGAUCAAAAACCCCUCUUCAAUGGCUACUUUGUUUUCCUCUUGGCACUCGCCCUUCAGGCCGUGUUUUCUUUUGGUCUUAUAUUUUCUACCUAUCUCGUUUCCUUCAUAUGUUUAUAACUUUUUUCGCCAUUCUAAGACGUCGUAAAUUGGUUUUCUUACAACUCUUUUACCAUUCCAUUUCCACUUUAAUGUCAUUCUUGUGGCUAGAAUUCUCGCAAUCGUUUCAAGUGCUUGCAAUUCUUUUUACCACCUUGGCAUAUUGUGUAAUGCAUGGUCACAGACUUUGGACCGCGUUUGGGUUGGGCGGCGCAAGUCUUCCACUUGUUUUAAAUUUUCAGAUGGUGUUGUUGGGAUGCAACCUUGUUUGUCAUGUUGGUGUUCUUUUGUUACAUUUAUUUAGAGGUGGGUGUAAUGGAAUUGGUGCUUGGGUUUUCAAUUCUAUUUUGAAUGGUGUUAUUUUGUUGUUGUUUGUUAAUUUUUAUGUAAGGGCUAAUGGCAAAAAGAAGAAGAAUGAGAUUGUUGGUGAUUGCUCUCUUGUCUUAGGUGCACGAAAUAAUGCAGAUACUAACAAAUUGAAGUCCAAUUGAAGCAACAAAUUAGGCCUCACAUAAAAGGAUUGUAUGUGAUCAAACUUUGUUGGUGUUGGACAACUACAUUUUUUAGGUAGAAGAAAAUAGUAUUGUUUAGCAGGUUUUGUUUUUGUUGGAGGGUUGCCGUGUAGCACUAAAUUGGUUUAGCUACAUAUUGUGCAUCUUUAUUUGAAUGAUGGCAGUUUGUUGUAUUCUCUUAAGCUGUACUUCUGUUUAGAACUUAAAUGUGUACCAUACAACAUGUGUACUUCUCAGA